AUGGUGGGCUCAGGGCAGAUGCUCGCCGAGCUGUCUCUGCACCGAUGGGAGCACAAGAUGGCCGCCCUGAUUGCCUACACGCUGGCAUGCGCCGCCUGGCUGCGGCUGACCACACGCCGCCCCGGGCUGGGCGCCAAGCUCACCGCCACCGCUCCGGUGUUGAUACUGAACGCCAUUGCGCCUCUGCUGUUCCACCGGUACUCCGAGCCCGUCACCCUGGCCUUUAGCGUGUUCCUCCUGACCUGGCUGGGCAGCUUCAAGGCGGUGGCCGCGGCAGGCAGCAGGGGCCCGCUGGCACAGCAGCCCUGGUCGCUGCUGCAGUUCUGGGUGCUGUACCUCCUGCCCAUAGUGCCCGCCGCGCCACCCAGCGCCAGCGGCGGCCCGCGCCGCAGGCCCAGGAAGCAGCACCACGAGAGCCCCGGCACCGGGGCCCAGAUGUUUGCCCGGUGGCUGCUCAAGGCUGGGGUGACGGCCGCAGUCGUCUUCACCCUGCUGCUGCCUGACCUGCCUCCCUUUGCCAAGUCGUGCCUCUACGUGGUGGGCCUGUACACGAUGCUGGGGGUGGUGAUGGACGGCCCCGCGGCGCUGGUGCUGGCGCCGCUACAGCUGGCGCUGGCCCCUCACUUCCUGCCGCCCUGGGAGAGCCGCAGCCUGGCAGACUUCUGGGGCCUGCACUGGAACCAGGCCGCCAGCAACGCGCUGCGAACCACCAUCUACGAUCCCAUUGCGCAAGGCAGCCUGGUUGACCAGUCAAAGGCGCAGCACCCAGCUGGCGCCGACCACGGCCGCGGCUCCGGAGGCAGCGCCCAGCGCCGCCACAGCGCGCGCCUGGCGACGGCGACCGCAGCUUCUGCGGCGGCAGCGAGCGUUGCGGCGGAUGUGCGCGGUGGCGAGGGCAGGCGCCUGCUGGGCAUGACUGCUAGCUUCUUUGCCUCGGGGGCGGUGCAUGAGCUGAUCUUCUGGUAUGUGGAGGGCAGUACAACCAGGGGGCUGGCCUGGCUCUGGUUCUUCACAGGCCAGGUGCCCCUCAUCCUGGCCGAGCGAGUGAUUAUGGCGCGGCUGAAGCAGCAGGGGGCCGCCCCUCCCGAGCUGCUGCGCAUCGCGCUGACCCUGGGCGUGCUGCUUGUGUCGGCGCACUGGCUGUUCUUCCUGCCGGCGGAGGCGGCGGGCGUGCCGGCGCGCUUUGCGGAGAGCAUGCGGCAGUCGUUUGCGGCGCUGGCUGCGGCGCCGGCGGGGCUGCUGGCUGCGGCGGGCAUGUAG